UUGUGUCAAGAGCUAAGCUUUAGAGCUGGACCGAGAACCUUACCGUGGCAGUAACUUCUCUACGGAACAUAUGAAAGAAUACUCCUAAACCUUGUAUUUCUGAAGGAUUCUGCUUCUCAAGACGUAGAGGUCAAAGUUUGCCCAUUCUGGACUUGCAAAUAGAUUUGUUGUUUAUUUAUUUAGCUAUUAAAUCAUUAGCUAGCUAGGCAAAGUCUACGUUCUCUCAACUGGACACAUCACGGAUAAUAUCGGUUGCAAUGCAAGUCGUUUAAUUUCAGAAACUACUCAAGCAAAGGAUAUCUCUGGUGAUGACCUAUUUCAACUUAAGCAUUUUGCACAUCAUUAACUAAAUAUUAUUUUUAUGAAAUUCUUCGGACAUUUGUCAAACUAGCUACGAAUUGUGAGACAUCGCUUCCACGUCGUAUCGGAAACUCCAACUCCUUUCAUUCACUGUCGUGAAUACAGUUUUCUGGAAUAUUUGAGUUUUGCUAGUAGCUAAACGUAUUUUAAUUUGAACACAGUCGUUAUUUAAAUUUACUAAAAUGAUGCGGCUGCCCAAAGGCGUUUCUCCUGCGUCUGGCCGAGGUGCUGUAGGAGGAGGACUGUCGUGUUCACAGAAUAAAGUUUUGUCUGGAGUGAAAACAGAAUUAUUCAGCACCGGGUUAUGCAGUUCGCCGAUGAACUCGGUACCGGCAGGAUACUUCACCCAAAUCUGCAACACGACAGCGGCCGAACAAAGGGUGAACUGCCUCUAUGCAACUCCCCAUGGACCUGAAGCUAAACCCAUCAGAUCAUCCUCCGGCAGACUCCCGGCCAAGAGGAAGCUGGACCUGGAGGACCCUCUCUACCUCCCAGACUUCAGGACCCCCAAAGGAAAGGGGGUUGUGGCCACAGCCAGAAUCCCUAGUCCCAAAACGCCCAAGUCCCCCGGUGAGCGGACGCGCUACGACACCUCCCUGGGUCUGCUGACCAAGAAGUUUGUUGGCCUGCUGAGCGAGUCACCUGACGGCGUGCUGGACCUCAACUGGGCCACCGAGGUCCUUGAGGUGCAGAAGAGACGCAUCUAUGACAUCACUAACGUGCUGGAGGGCGUGCAGCUGAUCCGCAAGAAGUCCAAGAACAACAUCCAGUGGAUGGUGGGUGGCGUGUUCGAGGGCUCGGCCAGCAGCGGGGAGAAGUCUCGCGCCCUGAGGAAGGAGCUGGGAGAGCUGGAGAGUGCCGAGAAGGCCCUGGAAGACCUGAUCACGUCCAGCAGCACCCAGCUCAAGGAGUUGACCGAACACGGGGACAACCAGGGACAACUAGGUUACGUCACCUACCAGGACAUCAGGUCUAUAGCCAGCCUGCAGGACCAGACGGUCAUCGCCGUCAAGGCCCCGUCAGAAACCAAGCUGGAGGUGCCUGAGUCCUCGGAGGGCUCCCAACAGAUCUACCUGAAAAGUAAGAACGGGCCCAUUGAGGUGUACCUCUGUUCCGAGGAGGGCCUGGAGGAUGCCAGCCCCGUCAAGAACACCACCACCCCCAGGAAAGACGACCCUCAUCACCCCCUGGGUCACAUUGUCUCCCCCUCCCUCGCCAUGGCACCACCACAGUACACCACUAUCAAACAGGAGCCCCAAUACACUGACGUCAAGCAGAAGCAGGAGCCCAUGGAAGCUGAACUCUCCAGACCUGCACCAGUAUCCCUCCCCAACACCACCAAUCCCACCACCCUCCUGGACGUAGAGGGCCUCCUGGGCCUGCACCCCAGCCUGCUCCAGAUGACCGAGGACCAGCUCCCGGGCCCCGGGUUCACCCCCGACCCCAACACCCCCUUCGUCAGCUUCUCGCCGCACCUCGACCACGACGACUACCUCUGGGGGCUGGAGGAUGGCGAGGGCGUGUCCGACUUCUUCGACACCUACGACCUGGGAGACCUGCUCCAGAGCUGAGGGAGGGAGAGAGCGGAUGGGAUUAUAGCCUAGUUACGACCACGUUGCUUGACCUUAAGCAACUCUGAGCCCUAGUUAUAAUAGCUAGGGCUCAGAAUCUAUAUAUAAUAUAGGCUAUAACUGGUCAAGGGGAAAACUCCUGUCCCUAUUCAUGAAGGAGUAGUGUCCUCUGUAGAGGUAUGGGGUGAAGGGGAAAUGCUACACUAUGAAGCCAUCAACCUUUGCUUUAGCCAUGUCUGUUCGGCGUUAAUGAUUUGUCUGAAAAAAAACGGGCCCUUUGUGUCUGUUUAUUUGUAUAUACAUGUGUAUAGUUUUUGAGUUUGGAUUUAGGUUAGUGCCUGGAUUGACGCUGGUCUGUGUGUUUUGUGUGUGUCCAGCUUAUGAAGCUCUCAGCGUUGCGGUUUGUGUAUUGGUAUAGUGGACAGUUUGUAAUCCGUCUCGUUUCUAUUCCGUGUGCUGUGUGAAAAAUGCUAUGUGCUGUUUGAAAAUAUAGACACAGCACCUUUUUUUUAAAUGCAUAUCUGAUGACCAGCAAAAAAAAUCAACUCGGGGCAUUUUGGGUUGGGGGGUGUUAUUAAUAACUCAGGAUUUCUUUGUGACUUCCAACAGUCAAAAUGUUUAUAGUGCGCAUCUUUGGCCAUUAGGGGGCAGCAUUGUAUUAUGUCAGCUGUAAACGUGCCAGCUUUAGAAGGUUGAAUCACUCACUGUAUGUUUUAAAAACCCGACGUGAAACGGGGAGGUACUACUGAAUGUCGCCAAUAAAGAACACAGAUUUCAUUUGUCCGCUGCAAAACGUAUUCAAAUAUUAUGCCCUUACUGAUCACGACCCAGGUACCAAACAUGGAGUCUGUGGCGCUAACGUAACGUGCCGUUUCAACGAGGUGUUAGGAAGUAUGGUUAGAGUGUAGUUUGUCCGGGUAUUCCCAAGACAUCUGUUUUACAUUGGCGACCUGACCUGGUCACUACAUCUAGCCUCAAGCUUUAUGGAAGGUCAGGUGGUGAAGUAUUCUGUCUCCCAUGCCAGAAUGUGUCCACAUCUAAUCAUAGUGCACAGGUGUCAAACUCAUUCCCUGGCAAAUCUGCAGGUUUUUGCUCCUCCCUUGUACUUGAUUGAUGAGUUAAGGUCAUUAGUUAGGAACUCUCCUCACCUGGUUGUCUAGGUCUUAAUUGGACACAAAUUGAAAGGCAACAACUCAAACCAACAGACAUGAAACGAGUUUGACACCCCUGUCAUAGAGGUUAGUUAGAAGCGGUUCUGGACCCAUAGCCAAAAGACACAGAAGUUGCAUCCCAAAUUGUGCCCUAUACAGCGCACUGCUUUUGACCAGAGGUCAUAGGGGAUAGUGUGCAAUUUUUGGGACGUAGUCAAGUGUCUUUUUUUUUUUUGUGACCUGAUAUUAUCGAUCGACAUAUUGAUCCCUAGUCUAUGUGACUGGCUAGAGUAUCACGCUUUGCUCUUGUGAAUCGGCAGCCAUGUUUCACAUCGGGAAGCUUCUCUAUAUCAAGAUGCAUUUGAUAGUGUUUCUGUAGUAUCUAGAAUUCGUAGUAACAAAUGACCUUAUAUUUCCAAGGAAAUAAUCAUCUAGUAAGGAUGAUGAUAAUACGCUACAACAUCUGGGUGUUUUGACUCAGGCAGUAAUUAAAAUGAACUAGAUGAAGUCUUUGAUUUAAAUGGUGGAUUGUGUGUUGAAACGCUCGCCAUGCACCCAUAAUAGGGAACAAAGAGCACUUUGUCUUUUCCUGUUUUUAUAUAUAUAUAU